AUGGACCCGUCGUCUGCAGACAACAACGACAAACUUGUUGCCAUUGAAUCCUGGAAAAGCACUGCUCGCCCUAAACUGGCUCAACUUAGAGGUACCAAAAUGACUGUGUCGGGAGAAGAGGAUAGUCUGGUUACUGAAUCUACGCAGAAUUUGUUAGAGUUUGCCGUAGCAAAGGGACAUACGCUUCAUUCCGUCACCCACAUGACAAACACACAGCUCGCAGACUUCCUCCGCGAUUUCUACGGUAAGAUAAAGCUGAAAAGUUCGGAUUCCCUUACCUUGAAGGAUUUACGAGCCGGUCUGCAUAAGUUUUUCUUGGAUGAAGUGAAUAUUGACAUCCUUCAUGACCGAUGCUUUGAUCUGGCUAACGAUGCCUUUGAUCUGGCACUGCGGGCGCAUCGCAAGUGUCACAGAAUGAGAAUUGAAACCGACGAUCUGAAAAAGAUUUAUCUAAGUAAAGCCAUGGACACCGAGAAACCGGAUUCCUUGCAGAAUAAAGUCUUUUUCGAUAUUAGUCUGUACAUCUGCAACAAAGGCAAGGAGUAUUUUCGAAACAUGAAGAAAAAUGAUUUCGAUGUUUCCACCGAUAGCCAGGGACGGCGCUAUGUUUGGUUGAAAGACAGCACAGGGAGGAAAGAGGAAAUGUCGCUGAAGAUUAAGAAAAGUGUUGAUGAAGAUCCACCCGCUAAUCAAGUUGGUGAAAGAAUGUAUGAACGGCCAGGAGAUCCAAGAUGCCCGCUUGCAUCCUUCCAGAAGUAUGUGACACAUCUCCACCCGAUGAUUGAGGCAUUCUGGCAGAGGCCCAAACGUAAUGUCUCCCAGUCUGAUUACGUCUGGUUUGAGCAUACUCCUCUUGGCAAUAGUACCUUGACCAAAAUCAUGCAGAGGAUUUCUUUACAAGCUGGCCUAAGCGAUAACUACACAAACUACUCCAUUAGAUCUGCAUGUAUUCCUCUGCUGGAAUCAGUUUGUUAUGAGGCCCUGCAAGGGGAGAAAGUUGGAACCACUCCCCAGCCUGUGUUGUCUUCAUCUGUGGACAUUGUCAAACCAGCAGGUACUGUGAUGACACACUCAGCCUCCGAGGAAUUGUCUAGUGACGAUGGAAUGUCACAGACAUCAGAGAUGCAGGGCACUCAUAGUGACCCUGAGACUAGGGGCCUCAUUUCAUCCAGGGAGAAAACUCCUGGACUGUCCAGCUCUGUAGGGUCAGGAAGCAUUGACACCGAUGAUGCUGAUUACAUGAGUCUGAUGCAGGCAAAAACUAAAGUGCUAGAUUUGAUUCGUGGACUCAUGGUCAAGGACAUCCAGAAGUUUGUUGAUUGGUUGAAGACUGUGCGAGUUCAAUACAGCGGAGGAGAGCUGAUUGUCUUGUGUAGCCCUGUUGACAGAAGCAGUGUGGAACCAAUCCCUGAUGACUUUCCACUAGACAGGAACAUUCUGCAUUCUCAUGGGGACAAAAAUGGUUUGAAUGCCCCUGGAAACAAUCGUGAUCACUUGUUUAAGAAGUCAGCCAGCUUGGAACAGACAGAGAAACAAGUUCUUCUCAAGAAAAACUUUUCUUUGAAGGAAGACAGUUAUGGAGAUGGGAAUGACGUGGUUGAACUGGCGGAUAGGACGACAGUUAGGCAAGUAGAGUUCAGCUCCAUGGCGGGGUUUCAUUGCUCCUCAGAAGAGUUUGGCCCAAUGAAAGUUAGCAUCCCCACACAUGAUACACUUCUGGUCACCGGAGUACCCGGACAUCUUCAAGUGAUGCUGCACAAAAAGAAGGGACCAGCCGGCCAGCAGGAGCCAUUGCCAGAAAGGGUCUUCUAUUCUGAGAAUGACUUUGAUGUUGCUGAAAUCAUGGCCAUUAUGAGUGCUGGCAGCCAUAGGGAUAAGCAGCAUAACAUCAGUAACAGCAGCAUCAUCAUUAAUGGUGGCCCCAACAACUACCACACCAGUGUAGAAUCCCAGAAUAAACAUCAUCUGACUGUCCAGCAACAUCAUGCUGGCCCUGUGAUGGUGACAAUCCCGGCGGCCCAUACCUCAUCUUUCGCUGCCAAAGAACAUUUCAGAUACCACAAAAACAAAUCAUUGGGCUGUCUGGAUCAGCCCCCUCCUCUCCCAGAAGGCAUCACUUUGAAGAGAGUCUACAGUACAGGGACCCCAGUGCUAAAACGGCAGGCAAACGUCAUGGACACAAGCAUGUACCCAGAGAACCUCACUGUCAGACGGGACCACGAGGAGCUCCAGGCCACCAACCUGUCCAUGAAACCACUCAAACAAGUAGAAUCUUCAGAGGCUAAACGUGCCCGAGCUGAGCGACUCACAGAUUCGCUGCGAGUCCACCAGGAAAUCCUCCAAAAUUCCCCCCUGAUUAAGCGACCUGGCGAGAGGAAUUUCUCAGGUUUCCGUCACUGUUAUGCCAACACCGUGUCUAGUACAGUGAAGUCAGAGCCCCUGGACACCUCGUACAGUUGA